AUGGUGGAUGAAUUCAAGAAGCAAAUGAUGAAAUAUUUUGAAAUGUCUGACUUCGGAUUCAUGAGAUAUUUUCUUGGGAUUUAUGUAAAGCAAAGGCCAGGAAGAACUUUUCUUUCUCAGGAAAAGUAUAUUGAUGAUCUUCUCAACAAAUUCAAAAUGAGCGAGUGCAAGCCAAUAUCUACUCCAAUGGCCUUAAAUGAUAUGAUGAUGCAGAAAAAAUUUAUGAAUGAACCAAGUAAACUACAUUUUGCAGCAGCAAAAAGAAUUUUGAGAUUCCUUAAAGGAACCAAGAACCUUGGCAUAGAGUUUAAAAAAGAGAAUAAUUGCAAACUCAUUGGCUAUAUAGAUAGUGAUUGGGCUGGAUCAGUUGAUGAUCCAAAGAGCACUUCCGGAUACAUCUUUUGUCUUGGAUCAAAUGUGAUUUCCUGGUGUUUAGAAAAGCAAAAAUUUGUUGUUUUAUCAUCAGUUGAAGUAGAGUACAUCACUGUUACAAACUUAACUUGCGAGCUUUUCUUUAAGAAGGAAAAAAAUGGCACUGUCCUAAAACACAAGAAAUACACUCAUUUGGUUUCAUGGGAAGGCCGCUCACUGGCUUCUUGUGGAGGUAAGGUGCCCCACUCGCCUUCCGACUCUAGUGGCUCAAUUACACCCACUCCACCAUCAGUAAGUCCUAAUGCAAAUUGGUUAGGCUUGUAA